GGCGCGGCGCGGCCAAUGGUUGCGCGGCGGGGGGGCCGGAGGCAGUCACCUUUCCAGCGCCCAGCUCGGCUGCAUCGGCUUGGGGGGGGGGGGAGAGGAGGAGGAGCGGACUCAGGUGCAAGCAAUCAUUUCAAGGGGGAAGGAGAGAACUAGCGACAGAAGCUCUAGCCGCACCACAGUAACUAGGACUCCCCCUGUCAAGCAGUUCAUCGUAGCGGCUGAUAAGGAUGCGUGUAGACAAAGGGAAUGAAUAGCCGGAAAUAUUCUGGGAUGUUCUAAAAUCAGAAGGACUUUCUGUACAGUGUGGCGAUGCACGACAGGAAAUUAACUCCGAAAGGAAUGCUUUCUCUCAAACUGCUGCAACAGAAUUGAAAUUUUUUCUAUUCUAGUAUCUGAAAUUCCUCCUGAAGACACGGCAAGGACUAUCAGAAACAUCAGAGAGAUUCUGGUACUUUUAAAGAGACUCAAAGCAAACGCCAGCGUAAUAGCUGAAUGACCUUGGAGAUCAUUUUAUGUGGAUUCAUUAAUUUUCACUGCCAGUCUUCUAGUCUCAGGAACUCUAGGAUUAAAGAUGGUUUUAACAUUUUAGGGGCCUUUCAAAAUACAAGAUUGUAUACAAUUAAUUACCUGCCUAAUGAUUCCUGAACUAAUUGAGCAUUUACUUAGAACACGGAAAGAAGAUGCUUUCUUUUAACGUUUGCUUUUUCCAUAAUUGUGAAUAAAAUUAACAAGGUAAUGUCCUGCAAUUAGAAGAACUUUUUUUUUUUUUAAGCAAGUAUUUAUUAUGCUGAUCAUCUAAUAAAUAUAGAAACCUUAAAGCCCUAAGAAGAUGAAGCUGAAUAACAGAAUAAUGGAGCAGUAAACAAUGGCAGCUUUUCUAGUCAAAUCAGCAUUUCAUUAGCUUCACAGCAGAAUGCAGAUGGAAGUUUCUGUUCUCGUUGUAUGGGGGUUUGUGAAAUGAUUCAGGUGUUGCUACAGAGGUGAGCAGUAUCAUGGAUAUACCUAUGAACUCCUGGGUACUGAUCCACGGUAGCAGAGUUUCCAAAGAUGAAUAUUUUAAAUUACCAUUGCUGAAAUUAAAUUCAAGAGGAUUUAUUUUGUCUGUGGGGACCUUGCAUUAUGCUUCUGGCAUUAAUAAUUGUAAUGGACUAUAACUGUUUGAAGGAAUUGUGAAUAUCGACAAAAGUCUCCAAAUUCUAUUCUUAAAUUAUUUUAUUUUUUAAAUGAAUAGAACACGAUCUUCCUCAUUGUAUGUGAGAUGUAUGUUUUCUUUCUUGGGAGUCCGAGGGCAAAUCUGCCUUGUCCCCCACCCAUCUCCCUCCAAAUAAAAUUCAUUAUUCAUACCCAAACAGUGGUGAGUCUAUUGGAAUUAACCUUGACAAAAAUGUUUUCCUUACCUUUCUAAUGAAUGCUCUGGAUAAGAUGGAGUACCACCUCCUGAACGGAGACAGAAAAGACAGCGUCAGAGAAUGAACUUUUUCCUUUAUUCUCCAGUAAGUCUGCAAUUUAAAUUGAGACAUUGAAAAGAUUAUCUCCAGUAACUGCUGGUCCAGGAAACUGGAGCUGUACUGAGGUUCCUCCUUCCCUUCCUUUCCCUCACCCCAUUAUAUUCCAAAGUAAAUGACUUUCUCAGGAAAAUAAGCAGUCAGAGAUUACCCCAAUCUGUCCCUGGGAAAUGAGUGUGUCUCUUUCGUCAGUUUUUAUUUCCAUAUUUCACAGUACCUGUUUGUUUUAGAAGUGCCUUGUGUUUGCUAAAGAUUGGUGAAGAGCACUGGAGGAGCUGAUCAGUGGCCUUUCUCUUUCUGGCUUUGUUUUUUUUUUUCUGUUUAUUUGUUUGUUUGUUUUUUCUUUUCUUUCUUUCUUUCCUUAAAGCUAAGGUGUGCCAGAGGUGAUGCACUGAUGCUGAGGAGGCAUCAACAGCUAUGAGACUGUAAUCCUCUCAAAUGUAAGCACUGGCAGUGUCUACAAAGAGAGAUCGUGAGACGCUGAAGCAGAGUUUAGCUGCUGUUAAGCAGGUCAUCUGCUCAUUAAGGCUCAGAUUGCAGUGUUCCCCAGUCACAAAACAUGAACCAGUCCCGAUGGAUUGAAUGGAGGACUCUGAAUAUGAGCAGUAGUGUUAUGAACAUGUCUGAGCAUCUCUCCUGCCCUCUUGGAUUUGGUCACUACAAUGCAGUUGACAUCUGUAUCCUUGAGACAGUUGUUAUUGUCUUGCUAACAUUUUUAAUUAUUGCGGGUAACUUAACUGUGGUAUUUGUUUUUCACUGUGCUCCACUUCUGCAUCAUUAUACCACCAGCUAUUUUAUUCAGACCAUGGCCUAUGCUGAUCUCUUUGUUGGAGUUAGCUGCUUGGUUCCUACUUUGUCACUGCUCCACUACUCGACAGGUGUCCACGAGUCCUUGACUUGUCAAGUUUUUGGAUAUAUCAUCUCUGUGCUAAAAAGCGUAUCUAUGGCAUGUCUUGCUUGCAUCAGUGUGGAUCGCUAUCUUGCUAUAACAAAGCCUCUCUCCUAUAAUCAACUGGUCACACCUUGUCGCUUGAGAAUCUGCAUCGUUUUGAUCUGGAUAUACUCCUGUCUGAUCUUCUUGCCUUCCUUUUUUGGUUGGGGAAAACCUGGUUACCAUGGAGAUAUUUUUGAAUGGUGUGCUACCUCCUGGCUAACUAAUGCCUAUUUUACUGGCUUUAUCGUGUGCUUACUAUACGCUCCUGCUGCCUUUGUCAUAUGUUUCACAUAUUUCCACAUCUUUAAAAUUUGCCGGCAGCACACCAAAGAGAUAAAUGAUCGGAGAGCUCGAUUUCCCAGCCAUGAAGUGGAUGCUGCUGGGGAGACUGGGCACAGCCCCGAUCGCCGCUAUGCCAUGGUUUUGUUUCGGAUAACCAGUGUGUUCUACAUGCUGUGGCUCCCUUAUAUCAUAUACUUUCUGCUGGAGAGCUCUAGGGUGUUGGAAAACCCAUCACUUUCCUUCUUAACGACAUGGCUUGCUAUAAGCAAUAGUUUCUGCAACUGUGUGAUAUAUAGCCUCUCCAACAGUGUUUUCAGGCUGGGACUGCGGAGACUAUCAGAGACAAUAUGUUCAUCUUGUAUGUGUUUAAAAGAUAGGGAUGUACGGGACCCUAAACCAAGAAAGCGGGCUAAUUCCUGCUCCAUUUAAAGAAAACUGUCGCAUGUGAUCAAAGGCGGAGUUUUGAUAGUAUUUGCUGUAUCUGGAAAUUUUCCAGAAGAUAAAUGUUUACUUGAAUAGCUUGCUAUGAUGCUAGAGUGAGUUUGAAAGUGAUUGUGGAAAAGGCUGUUGUAAGAGGGGUCACUGAACUUCAAUAUAGUUCUUGUGAAAUUGUGAGGACAGCAAUUUGACAGAGAUGAUGAAGAAAGUCAGAACUAAAAACCUUCCAAAGGGCAUGAAAUAACUACCACAUCGGAAGAGAUUCCUCAUAAAAUAAGUUAGGCACUACCUUAUAUUUUUCCCCUUGUAGAAAAGUUGUCUUACUAUCUUUGUGUCAGAAUAUGCUGUAGCCUUCUGAAUUUAAAAAUAUUUAAGAGGAAACAAUCAACAACACAGUAAGUGGCUAUCCAUAAAUAAUAUACCUGAGGACUAUAGUAGAUACUGCAGAUUAAUAAUCAGCUCUAUCUCUGCUCACAUCUUGUACAAUUUUCAGUUGUACAAACAAUCUGCAAUGCAUAAAACCUAUACUGGGCACGACGCUUUUGGGUAAAAUGGCACAUUUUGGUACAACUUUCACAGAAGCUCUCCCUCUCAUUUCCCCUUUUUUUCCAUGCUGUUCAUCCCUAGAUUCCACCACUUCCUAGUGGUUUAGUUUGAGGGCACCUGUGAGGCAAACUUGAGUUUCAAACCAUUCUUCCUGCAGAAAGCCAUAGCCCUUCAUGGCUGGCUGAGUAAUUGCCGCUGCCCAUGUACGAUGACUUCUUCAAUCUUUCACUCUCUUGAUCCUGUUAAAUUAGUGCACAGUAUCAAUGUAGUGUCCUUUAGGGUGUACUAAAGCUUUUCCUUUAUUGGCUACACAGAUAAUCCUAAUGCAGAUAUGAUAAUUGCGCACAGCAGUGUGCUUCACUGCUUAGAAAAUUAAAACUAACCCUUUUCUUUGGGAAGUUUAAAUAGCUUACUGUUGUAGCUGUCAAUCUGUUGUGUGAACCUAGCUUGCACAUACUGUUUUUUUAGGAGAAAACGUAAACUGUGGUCUGUGCCUAAUGUUUUCAUAGCACAUGGAAUAGGUCAAUGCUACAGGAUUAAAAAAUUACACUUACUUUAAGAGAAAUACUUCCAUGCAGUUGUUGAUUAGCUGUUUGUUAGACAAGUGUUCUUGGAGGAGGUGAACUAGACAGUUUACUAUUAAGUACAGGUAAAAAGCUUCAGUAUUUCCUUUUGUACUGAACUGAUUUUCAGGUCCACUGAUGAAAUCUUUUUUUAUUUUGCAAGGGUGCACAUUAGGUUUGUGUCAUAAAUUGUCAGGGGUUCAGAUGCAUGCCAAUCAAUAAAAUAUUAAAAUCAUUAUUUUGAACCAAAUGUAAUUUUCUUAGAUGGUUAUUGGCUUUUAGAAGAGGCCCAAUUAUCGAUCAUUGGUGCCUUUUAACACUGCACUAUUAUUCCUUCUUUCACCAAAAUGCAUAUGUAAAGAUCGUGCCUAUUACUUUUUGUAAUGGAAGCUAACCACGCUUGCACACUUGUGGUUUGACUCUAGAUUUCUCUUAAUUAUGUAUUCUUUGUUCUGUUGAGGUGGUUCUGAACCCCUGUACGUUUUUUGAAGCUGUAAGAAAGUUGAAGCAAUGGAAUAAAGUAGUAUUAUGUAUAUCAAAACCAGCCUUGGCGUUAGUUCCCUGAUGUUAUGCUCUGUUCUCUGUGAAAGUUCUUUCGGGUUAGGGCUCAAGAGUGAACAAUUUAAAACCCAAACCUCAAAGCUGCUUACUUGCUGUCUUAAACGUUUAUAAUACUAGUUUCUAGAAUUGCACAGUCUUUAAAGAAGAUUUAAAUAUGACUUGCAACAUUCUUCUAGCUAAGCUGAGAUGUUGCUGACAAUUAGCCCUGAUAGAUAUUAUGGAAAAAUGAGUAGUAUUCUUUGCACAUAUCUCGUAAUGUUCCAUGUCUACAGGAAUGUGUCUGCUGCCUUCUUUUGAAAAGUUGCUGUUUAUGUUGGAAGGCUCUUUUUGGUUGACUGCUGCUAUAUAAGGUUGUGUAACCUCGUCUCUUCUUACAAACAUGACUUGGGGUCAUUCUGUUUUGUCGUUACUUUGUCACUGUCUCCUGCUUAGUAGGUCCUCAGAGUACAAGACUUGGGCAAGGAACAAUGAAACAUACAGUCUUUCACAAGUCACAGGGCUGGUUUCAUACCAAUAAAGUAAUUUUAUAUCUGUGCUCCGGAGCUGUCCACUUACUACUGCUUCUGUUUUUUAUUGGCAUUCCUGGUAACAAGUUUUUAUGGGACCUCCUGAAAUUCAAGGAAAGUUCUAGAACGUGCUUGAAGUUGAACUAACCUUUAUUAAACACAGUGUGGAGCUGGUAGAUGCAUUGUUAGCAUGGUACUGUAACUACACAUAUGUAGAAAUAUACAAGCUAACUCAUUUGUAUCAGUAGUGCCUUAGUUGAACCCUGCUUGUAUAACGUCAGCAAAUGGAGCUGAUGUACAGCAAUUUGAAGCUUUCUUGCCUGCAAACGGUAGGUCAGAAAGAGAGCUUCACUUCAGAGGCUGCAGCACAAGGUUUACUCAGCAGCCCACCAGCUUCUUGCCCUAAAGGGCAGAGUUAGCAAUACAUUUCUCUCUAUCAUUGUGUUGAACUUGUAGAGUUGUCAGGUAGAACUGAAAAUUUCCUCAGGCUGUAAGAGGGAGAGCAUAUAGUAGGAGUCCAAUAUCCUGCAAACAAAUCAUAGGAUCCUAGGUUCUUCACCCUUUUAUUUGUUUGUUAAACAUUGGCUUAAUGUAGUUGGUGCAAGAACACUAAUAUACUUAUCUGGACCCUGAAUUUCAGUUGCUGUAAAGUCACAUUUUAACCUGUUCUUUGUAAAUCUGAGUCUCAUGGUCUCCUGGAAUUCGUGAAAUCAAACAUCCUCGGCAGACUUAAAUACUGCAUUUCUUCUUGCUGUUUACCCGAUGACAGGAUGUGACCUGGUGGUCAGUCCCAUUAAUUUUUAAAUUUAGUGUGUUUCAUUUUUUGAAAGCGUUUUCCAAACUCAUGAUUUAAACUUUUAUUUGAGGGAGGUUUGUUACUAUUUUACUAUUGCUGUCCGAGGAUUCCAGCUGGUGCUAAAUUCUCUUCCAAAAUUAUAAGGCUGGACAUUUUAAUGGAUGAAAAAAGUCCAGUAGAAAUUCCAGUCACCCAAUCUGUCACUUUUGGUUUUCAUUCCAGUAUUAUAUAAAGUCUUAUGUUCUUUUGUGGAAAAAUCUGAUUAAAGAAUGAAAAUUUUAAAGCUGGCAUCUGGGGUACAUAUCCCACUUUCAUAUGCCUAAAGAUCUUUCUGAUUUGUGAAAUACCUAGUAAAUAGGUGACCAGAUACUAGCUAAAGAAAUUGACAUGAAAAAAAUCAGUGUUGAUAAUAUGGGUAAUAGUAAAGUCUCUCCAUAUACAGAUACAUUGAGGGAGUCGCUAAAACUCUAAGUUCAUUUAAUAAAAUAAAAAAAGCCAUGAGAAGAAAACAUAUGUAAAACAUUAAAUAAAAAGGUUAAUUAAAUAAAAUGAAACAAUGUUAAAUAAAAAGAUGCCUAAUAGGUAAGCAAACAAAUAUUUAUCUGUAGCUGUAGAUAUAGGUAUAUGUUUAAAGCUCCUUUGUGCAGGUAGAUUAUGUUGUGCUGUUACAUUUCUCUUGAGUACUUCCACUUGUAGUCUAACAGAGGCUAUGUCAGGGUCAGUUGCCUUACCCUUUUUGGAACUUCAUGUCCUCAGCCUAUGGAAAAGUAAAAAAAAAAAAAGGUGUGAUGGCAGCAAAAACACUACCAGAAAAGUAAUCUUCACCAAAUCCUAUGUGCUUCCUUAUUUUCUGGAAUGGCUAAAUGAAUUUCUCCUUAAAAUACUGUUCUUUAAAGGGAAAUAAAAAUGUAAUAAUGAAAAGCACAAUGCUGUCUUUUUCAAGUUUGCUUAUUGUCUUAUAGUAAGAUAUUCUCCCCCCUCCUUGUCAUUUCUGCUUAAGAAUCCAUUUUAUAAUUGUACUUGGUAAAGCAUAAGGUACCAUGCUGGGUUUAUUUUUGUGCAGAAUCUUUGUGUUUCCUCUACUGAGAAGUUUGGAGUGUUUUGCUUUCAUAGAUACAGUUUAUGAAGACCUAUUAAAAAUAGCAUUUAUGUUCUUUUUAUGAUUAUUUUUAAUUCAUUAGUGUUUGACAUCUGCAUAUCCAUAAGGACACUUAAGUUUUCACACUCAGCAAAACUAACAAGGUGUAAUCUUUUUGGGUAAAAUAACUAAUCAGUCAGUAUUAGAAAUUGACUAUUGAGAAAAGUAUAUCAGUGUAAUGAUUAGUUAUUUAAUUAAUCAUUAAAUAACUAGUCUGUUAUUUAAUUAGCUGUUUCAUCUUGCAUAUGAAAAAUUAAGUUGAUAAACAAAAGAUAGCUGUAAUAGGAUAUUGAGUUGAUGGGAAAUGCAUCAGAUUAAACACUCUCUCACAGUUGGUUCUCAACAUGAAACUAUUUUAUCUUUCCAUAUUACAGUUGUAGCCAAACAAAUAUAUUGAUUUUUUAAAAUAUUUUUAUUUAAAUGUUGGUGUUUGGAUGCUGAGUAUCUGUAUCUCUCAAUUCAAGCCACUGCUCUUGGUGGAAAUAUCCCUUUAACAGACCUCAGACUCAGUUGCAGCGUGCCUAGCAACAUGGUGGUCCUGGAGCUGACUUUGCCAGGGAGCAGUGCCAGAGGUUGAUGAGGCCAACAUUGCCAGAGGGGAAGAAUGUCAAUGAAGGUGGCAGUGCCCUCCCCAGCCAUCCUCCAGGAUCAGCUAAUUUGCGGAUCUUUCAGUUUUAUUGUCACUGUCACCAAAAUGAUAAGAUUAAGCUUUUGACUUCAUCCCUGCCACCUUUUACCUAUGUCUCUCUCUAGGCUGUUUCAGGGAUGGAGUGGUGCAUCAUUCUACUGAAGAACUGAGUUAGAUUUUAUUUCUUUUUUUUAAUUAAAAUAUUUUCUGUAUCAAACCCAAACAUUACUUUGUUAAGUAGAUGCUGAAUAAUUUUUAGGCCUUUCCAGAAAUUGAAGCAUUGCUGAGGUAGUGUUUCACUGUCACUUGCAGCAUUGCCUGGAAUAUUGCUUAAAGAUAGUAUUUUCCGAAGACAAAUGAUUUUUCCUAAAGCAGGUAUGAAAUUCAGGUAAAAUCUGAUAUUCUUCUUCUCCCCUUCCAUUUAACAUAGACAUGUUUAAUUUUUGUAAAAAGCAUAUACUGAAUUUAUACAUGGAUCUCUGCAGUCAUUAGGCAUUUUUAAUUGUUAACAAGUCUGUGGUGUUAUUGUAGAUUAGUGGGGUGAAAGCAAUUUAAAAGACUAUUAAAGAGUAGAUUCCUACUUACAGAUUUUUCUGGUCAUUCUGAAGUGACUUCUUUCUUGAUCUGAUAUUAAGAAAGUCCUGUGAGGUCCAUGAGCUUUAAGUGCUAAAGGAACAGUACGUGAAUGGAGAAGAAGCUUUAAUGGCUCUGUGCCCCAGCAGAGCCUUAAGAGAAUACUAAACCCCCCUCACUUUUACAUCCGUAAUUUCUAUGGACUUUUCUUUUGUCCAAGUACUGUGAAAGGUAGGAUGAAUAUAAAGAACCUUAGUGCUUUCAGCUGCACUGACAGGAGACUAGGAAAAGCAAUUUCAGGCAGUAAAAAUGCCUGGAGAUCUUCAGGAUUUUAUCACAGUCUUAUGCUGGCUGCUGCCAACCUUCUCUUGAGAAGAAUGUGACAGCAGUGCUAAAGGCUUUUCAUUUUAAUCACCGUGUGACUUGGUCUGAACAAAGAAAAGGUGGUUUGGAUCAAAAUGAAACUUUUGUUAGAGCAGUGAUUACCAGGAAAGAGAGUUUCACUUUUCAUGUUCAUCCAUGCCUCAAAGCUCGCAAUCUGAAUUUUAUAACAGGCAGUAUUAGAAACAGUGACAAAACACAGAGGUUUUGGGAAGGGGAAGCUCAGAGAUGUCAGUGUUAAUCAUGUGAGGGCAUUUCUGCAUCUUGACAGCAUUGCUUUUUGUUUGUUUUCUUUAAAUGAAAUAGAUGUCUGUUUUUUCCUUCUUCUAGGAGUGAUUUGAAUAAGCACCAGUUCUUUUCAUCAUGGAAGAAGUCUAUUUUAUGAGACAUUUAAAUGAAGAAUAGGAUAGCAGUUAGGGAAAUAUAUUGGGGUUCCCCCAGGAGAACAAAGUAUGUUGCUUGUGGAACAUUGACAUUCAGUUUCAUGCGCUUUAGUCAGGAAAGUCUGUAGCAGAAAUGCCCGCACCAGGGGAGGGUUUCUAGUCCUUGUAUGAUCUCCCCAGUGUUAUUUAUGCUUGUGCAUGUACUAUUUUAAAGUUGUUCUGUGACAUCAAAAUUUAGAAUGGACAAAUGGUAUUUUCCAUGAUCAGGCAAAUUUGUUCUGACCUAGGAAAGACACUUGCUGAACCCACAGGUAUUUAGUGUUUAUUAAAGUGAUUAUAGCAUACAGGUUCUCGUUAGCUGUUUUAUUGUGGGGGAACAAGUAUAGGAACGGUGUAUUGAGGCAGAAGAGCUGACUGUUCUUAGAUGGACUGCUCCUCAUCUGUUGCAUGAUAUUAUUACAUCAAAUGAGUCCAGGUGAGGUUGUGGCCUUGGGGGGCCAAACACUGAGAGCAAGUGACCUUUAUUUACUUACUUCAGUAGUUUACCUUAAUGGCACUACAUUAUCUCCGUGGUUGCAUCUGUGUUUAAAUACAGGUUUUCAAAUACAAAACACUUGUGUCACUUUGGAAUAUAUGUAUACCUCUGUUACCUGCUGAGCUUCAUCUAGACCUCUCUCAGUACGACAUGCCAUUUAAACCUCUGAUUCAUGUUCACUGACUAAACCUGUGGUGGUUUGAAUUGUUACUGUUAGUAGCAGAAUGAAACAUACCUCCCUUCCUCUUACCUUGGUUGUUUCAGGUCAGUCUGGCAGUUUAGCACAGACCUAUUUUUGGCAGUGAGUAGGGCUGUACAGGAGAGAACACUGGCGUGGCUAUAGUAUGUUCCUGUACUCUGCUUAUACUUUUACUACAUGGAGUUAAUCCUCCGCAAAAGGUGUGGUAUAGACAUCUGAAGGCAAUAAUGCCUUAAACUGCCUCAACAAGGUUUUUGUGGAGCUUUGUUUAUUAGGGUUUUUAAUGGUAAGGAAAUUUGAUGCAAUUAAAAAUAGAGAGAUUUAUAUACUACAAGUAAUGAAUUGUUACUAGGUCAGGAACAGUUUUUCAUCAAUGCCCUCAAUAGAUGAACAAGAUCUUCAUAAGAUAAUUUUAUUAUAAUCAGGUAGAUUUUUGACACUACAAUUUUUAUAGUGAGUUUUAAAGCAACUAUAUGUACAUAAGGGUUGUAAACAGUCAUAAAGUGGCAAGGUUUCAGUGGCGGCUUUUUCUUAAUUUCAAGGGCUUUGGGGCUGGAGUUGGGUUAGUUUACUAAGUGUGUAGCAAAAUUGCCAAAGCCAAAACAGAGAGGCUAUAAAUGAAAGGAUUUUAUCCAAACUUUCUCUAUAAUAUUGGCUACUUGAUAUUGUCCAGGCAGUGUCUCAUGUUGGCUUAGGAAGAUGACAUAUAGAAAAACAAGAAAUCUAAUAAAUAUAAGUGUAACUACAUGCUAUCAUAAUUACAUUAUUUUUAAGAUUUUUCAUUUUUUAACUCAGGACUUUCAGAGACCAUAUUUUCUGUGAUGUCUUAUCUUGGGAACUAGCUGAACUAUUUUCCUUUGCUGGCUGUGCUUUACUUGUUCUCUGACUUUUGGGGUUAAGUUCAAUUUUGAAUUUGAACUUUAAAUUAAUUUUUUGUUUUAAUUUUUGAAGUAGAUGUGUUCUUCACUUGACUCAUGUAAAAACCUUUAUGAGAAUAGUAGAAAAUCAUGUCCUUGAAGGGAACUACAUCUAAUCUUAAAUCUACUUAGGCUACAUUUCAUCGUGUCUAAAAGCAGCUGUUGCUGUACCUUGUUUACUAGAUUUUAGGUGUCUUGGCCGCAAGCCUGACUGACAAAUGACAAGUUCUCCAACCUCUUCUGUUAGGCUGAAAUAUUACUUGCCAAUGAUUUUGUUUGUAAACACUGGUAACUAAAAAUUCUAUUUUGGUGGUGAAUCAGUAUUUUGGAUGGGAUUUAUAGGGAUACUUAAUCUACUGUAUUUCCUUUGAUUCUGGUGACAAUAUAUGAGGAUUCUUGCUUAUGUGCAGCUGAAAGCUUUGUCCAUGUUAUCUUACCCCUGUGCAUUUUCAGCUCCUCCUGGUUUAUUCCGGCUUGAGAAGCUUUUUCUGGGGAAAAGUAUGUCUGUGAUGGUUGGUCAUUGAUACAGUUGUGCUUUGGGUGAUCAUCUUAUUUUAUGAAUUUCACUGCAUUAGUAAUGCCUGUAUGUUAAGAAUAAAAAUCAUAGCAAAGUGCUCUUGUAAUAAUGGUAUUGAUUUUGUUGAAAAAUGAAUUUAUAGCAAGACAAAAUUUUUUUACCUGGGUAAAAAGAGAUUUGAAAUGUGAUGUAUGUGAGGAAUACCUGUUGAUUAUUUAUUUUGGGAAAGAUUUGGAUUUCAAGUGGCAGAUGAAAUUCAAGAGAUUAAAUAUAACUAUUUGAAGAAAAGCAGCUCUUAGUUUUCAUACAAUAACAAGAUGAAUUGUAUCCGUUUCCUGUCAGGAAGAAGAUCUUGGGUUACUCUAAGUCACUUUAUGGAAAUGGUAGUUUAAUAAGCCAUGGCUUACCAAAAAGUGUUGAGAUAUUAGUAAUUAUAAAAGUAAUAAAGAAAACUACUAGAAAUCAUUGCUGCCAUCACCAUGGUAUGCCUGGGCCUUGAAUACCAAAGGUAGCUGGUCCAAGGUAGCACAGGUAGAAGGAGUUCUGAGGAAUGGCAAAGCGACUCCUUCUCUAAGGGAGAAUGUAAGUCGCUAGGAUUUUCCAACCUAGAAAAGAAAAGAUUAAGGUGCAGGGGUGUAUGAGAAAUCUGUAAGGUCAUGAACAUCGUAGGAGAGAAGUGGGUAUAAUUAAUGAUUGUUUCUCCUCCAGUGUAAAAAAAAAAAACCAAUAAAAAUUAAGGUAGCACUAUGAAAACAAGCUGUAUGUAGUGAAUUGUGGAAUACGUUGACAGAAAACACUGGAUGUCAGAAGCUGCCAUGGGUUAAAAAUCUAGAGAAAUUCAAAGAGGAGUAGUGUAUUAAAUGCUGUCAUCAUGCUUCUGGCUUGGGAGACCAUAUGCCACAGAUUACCAGAGGCUGGCAGGCUGUGAUGGGAGAAUUGUCACAGUGUGUUUAUCCUAUUCUUACACUUGUCCUUAGGCAUCUGUUACUAGCUGCUGUUGCAGACUGUGUUGAUGGUAGAGGAACUAAGGGCUGACCUAAAGUGUCUGCUCUUACCUUCCUGCUCUGUUGCAUUGUUACAUCUUUAUUACUUUUCAUGUACUAACUCUGGAUAUUUCUUUUCGUAUUUGGACUGUCAGGAAAAGAAUGCACAAUAUACUUCAGCUGUUUGGGGUUUUUUUGAAUAAAAUUACAAGUGAAAAAUGAA